CAAACACAGUGCGCAUGCGCAGGAUUUAGCUGGACUAGUUAGCAGCUCGGGCCCGGUGUUUGUUUGUUUAUUUGUUUAUUUGUUAAACACGGUAACGGGAUGGCAACAGAAGCGAAACGACACAAGGUGUCUGAUGACUCCGAGCUCAGUCCUCUGCAGAACUUUCUCCAGUGGUGUGACAGAGUCCACCUGGUGCUGAGCAGUAAGGUGUGUGUGAGCAAAGAGGGAACGGUGGCAGAGUACGGCAUGUUGGCGAAGGACGACAUAGACGAGGGCGAGGUUUUGUUCACCAUCCCCAGAUCGGCUCUUCUCCACCAGGGGACAACCAAGAUCUCCGCCCUGCUGGAGAAAGAGGGGUCGUCUCUGGAGAGUCCGUCCGGCUGGGUUCCCCUGCUGCUGUCCCUGCUGUAUGAGUACACGUCCUCUGGGUCCCACUGGAAGCCCUACCUGUCUCUGUGGACUGACUUCAAGACGCUGGACCACCCCAUGUUCUGGUCUAAAGAGGAGAGAGACCGGCUGCUGAGGGGAACAGGCAUCCCGGAGGCGGUGGAUAAAGACCUGGCUAACAUCCAGAGGGAAUACAAAGACGUGGUGCUUCCCUUCAUCGCCAAGCAUCCUGAUCUGUGGAACCCCGACACACACACGCUGGAUCUGUACACACAGCUGGUGGCCUUUGUCAUGGCCUACAGUUUCCAGGAGCCACAGGAAGAGGACGACGACGAAGAGGACGAGGAGGACGAGGAGCAGGAGGCUCCUAACCCACCGAUGAUGGUUCCCAUGGCAGACAUGCUCAACCACGUGUCCAAUCACAACGCCAACCUGGAGUUCACACCGGACAGUUUGAAGAUGGUCUGCGUGCGUCCCAUCCGUAAAGGCGAGGAGGUGUUCAACACCUACGGACAAAUGGCCAACUGGCAGCUGCUGCACAUGUACGGCUUCGUGGAGCCGUAUCAAAGCAACAGCAACGACACAGCCGAUAUCCCCAUCGGCAACUUGUACGAGAUCGCCACGCAAGGUAUUCAGUCUGACUUGGACCGGCAGCUGCUGGAGGAGCAGUGGGAGAUGGCGUGUGAGAUACUGCAAGAGAAAGCCGCCUUCGUCUUCGGCAAACAGGGCUGCCUCACCGACACCGAGCUACACACCGUGCUCAAGGUGAUAAGCAUGUCAGACAAGGAGUUCUCAGAGUUCAAGGAUAACGAAGGAUGGGAGGAAGAUGAAGAGGAUGACGAGAAGAUCUCCUUGGCGUUCUCUAACGAGGGUCUUCCCGGAUUAAAAGCUUCGUGGAAAGGGUUGAUCCGCGAAACGGCCCGUCUUACCGUGAGGUCCUACAGAGGCGGAGGCGAGGGAGAGAAGAUGGAGGAUGUGGACGUCGACCGGGCGCUGAUAGAGGACGAGGCGGCGCUCGCAGCACUGAGCAGCAGGCAGCAGAGGGCGCUGCAAGUACGCUACGGACAGAAGAGCAUCCUGUACAGACUGAUGGAGCUCACCACGUCAUGAGUUUUUAAAGAUAAUACUGUUAAUAAAUGUUUUCCCUGGAGACAGACCUUCAGCACUUUGUCUUCUUUCAC